AUGCUGAAAAGCAGUGGUAAUUCCAGAUAUGAUGUCACUCUGCGGAGCCCCAGUCUGCACGAAGCUGUUCGAAGGGGAGACCUGGCGUCCGUUUCGGAAUGCCUGAAAAAUGGAUCCGAUGUCAACGAGGUGGAUACAAGCGGCAAUACGGCGCUGUUGUUGGCGGCGUGCAUAGGACAAAAGGACGUUUACACCGCCAUUGUCGGAAGUCUGAUAGAGAAAGGAGCAGACGUCAACGCUUAUAAUAAAGGUUUCACUCCUCUAUACAACGCAGUAUUCUACAAAAGGGCAGAAGCCGUAGAGAUGCUUCUGAAAGCGGGAGCAUGGCUGAGGCCAACCUACAGAAAUGAACUCCAUCUCCUCGCGGAAAUAGGUGGAAGCAACAUCUUACGUUUACUGCUGGCGGACCAAAGAUGCACCCCAGAAGUUAUCAAUAGGCCAGAAGAAGAUGGGAGAACUGCGCUUCACAUAGCAGCGCAAUUUUGUCACAAGAACUGUCUGAGGAUGCUCAUCGAUAAAGGGGGAGAUUUAUCAGCUACGAACCUCGAGGGAGAGAGUGUUGCUGAUGUGGUUUUCGAGCAAAUCGUGAACCCAGAAAAAUUCAUCACGGAGAUCUUGGAUAAUAAUAUCAGUAUCGAGCAGGUUGAGAAGUAUAAAUAUAACGCAAAUGUAGAUUUUGCCGUUCUUGCUCCGAAAACCUCCAGGAGACAAAUGGAAGUGAUCUCCAGCUUGCUUGUCGCAGCUUCGGAAGAUGAGAAAAUUGAAGUGCUACAACAUCCACUGAUUGAGCUCUACCUGAUACUGAAAUGGGAUCGAAUUUGUUAUUUUUUUUAUUUCUGGAUUUUUGGUUAUUUCGUAUUCGCGGUUUCAAUGGGAAUUCAUGGAACACUGAUUAUACAUAACUAUAACCACCAACAUUUCAAUAUUCCUAUAGCAGUUACAAAGUAUUUGGUCAUCUUGACAUCUUCAGGACUGUUGGCGCAUGCAAUUCUACAGUGCAUACUUGUGCGUCGAAAUUAUUUUCAACGUUAUGAAAUCUGGAUGAAUUUAAUUUGUACCUGCCUGUCUCUAACCGUAGCCGUUACUGCGAAUGACGUGAAUAGAAGCGAAUGGGUGUUGCACAUUACGAGUAUUGCCGUUCUGCUGGCCUGGAUCGAAUUGAUGCUACUAAUUGGCAGGCUGCCAAGUCUCGGACAUUAUGCUCUCAUGUUCUCGGCUGUGCUUCAGAACGUCGUUAAGGUUCUGCUAGCCUUCGUCUGUCUCCUCAUCGGCUUCACCCUCAGCUUCUCCAUUCUCUUCCACAACCACAAUCUGGGCCAAUUCAGCGACCCCUGGCGUUCCCUGGUGAAAACCACCGUCAUGAUGAUGGGAGAAUUCGAAUACGGCGACCUCUACCUGGAAUCUGCUGAAUCCUCCUCCCUCCUUCCAGCCACCUCCCGCGUCGUCUUCUUCCUCUUUAUCAUCCUCACCAGCAUCGUCCUCAUGAACCUCAUGGUAGGCGUUGCUGUCAGCGAUAUCCAGGAGCUGCAGCGGAGGGGCAGCGCCAAAAAGUUGGAGAAGCAAGCGGAGUUUCUGUGUCAGUUGGAGAAGGUGAUAUCCUCAAGGCAGUUGAAUUCGAAGUAUGUACCUGCGGUUAUCAAGAGGAUAUUCUUGAGGAGGAGUUUCGUUGAGACGACGUACAAGGUGCGGACUUGCAAUACCUUCCGGAGGACUCAGAAGAUUCCACGAAGAUUGAUAGAUUCAAUCAUGUCCAUUGCGAAGGGACACAACCAAGUCCCAGAUGGAACUUGA